AUGGAACUAAUUUCUAAAUAGCUGAGAAAACUAGAUAUUUUUGGAUAAGAAGUCAGAUUAUAGGCUGAUAGUCAAUCAGCAUUCAGAACGAAAACUGGAGCAAUAAUGACUCUAAUUUUAUUUACUAUUUUAGCAUAUUCUAGUAACUCUUUUAUUCUAGAGAUGAAUAAAGGGAAAAAUGCUGUCCUAAAUUCAAAAGAUGCAGUAAUUAAUCCAGAAGAUGGUUAUACGUUUCAUUCCACUGAACUUCUCUUUGCUGCUGGACUUGUCGACAGUAUGGGUUAGCCUAUUCCAAACGAUAACAAUAGAAUAUUUUCAAUCAGUUUUUACUUUUGCAAAAAAUAAUAUGGAGAAAAUAAUUGUGUAAAUAUUCCAAGCAUUAUAUGCGGAAACCGCACUUCCAAUAUUUCCUUAUUGGACGUGCCACAGAAAUAUUUAGAUAUUACAUAUUGUAUAGACGAGAAUUAUCUUAUUAAUAAUCCUGAAAUAAGAAUCUAGGGAUCAUCAAAAUUAGAAAAUUUCACUUAAUUCGGAGGGCUAGUAUAAAGAUGUUAAAAUAACACUUUGAAUUCAAAUUGUGCAUCAACUGAUGAGAUUGAUAGAUAUAUCACAAAUUCAAAUCUUUUUUACUCAUACUCUUUCCAUUAUUUCAAUAAAGAAUAAGAGGACUCCCCAUAUGAAAAAGCAUAAAGCAUUGAUUCGACUCCGAUUUUUAAUAAGGUUGGAAAGUAUAUUCGAAUAUAUCAUAAAUAUUCUCAAAGUCUUAUAGAAUAUAACCCUUUUUACUCCUUUCCCAAGCUAAAAUAGAUUGAAGGUAUUGAAUAUGAAAAUACCUCUAUUGACAGUACAUUAAAUUAUGAAGAUCAUAAUAAUAUUGCCUUGUUUGAAUUAAAUUUAGAUGCUAAGAAAAAAAUACAUUUUAUAACCUACUAGACGUUGAUGGAUGUCGCCGCUAAAAUUGGAGGACUAUUCACAAUCUUAAGAGUCAUCUUUGACGUGGUUCUAUUUCCUUUCUAACGCAUUAGUUAUAGACUUCAUUUAGCCAAUUGUUUAUCAAAAUAAUAAAACAAUUUUAUGAACAAUGAUAAAAAUAAAGUUUAGGAUGAACUUAACAUUUAUAAAUUGAUAACUUCAUCCGUCUCCAGACCAUUACAUUUAAGUUAGUCAAUCUUAAUAGAUAAUUUUCUUGAUAUUACUGAGAUAUUGAUUAAUCCAAUAAGAAUAACAAGAUAAAUGGAGGAUUUGUAAGGAUCAAUAAAACGAUAUGAUAUUUUAAAUUCUCGAAAUAAAAAUAUUGUUUCAGAAUCCCCUGAGGAAUGUGUAUAUGAUAAAAAUGAUGGGUUUAUAUGUAUGAAAUCUAUGAGUCCGUUAUCAAUAAAUGAAGAGUUCAGAGUAGGAAGCCAAAUGAAUAUUAAAGUUCCAUAACUUAGAGUAAAUUGA